AGCAGGAAGAGGCAGUAAUAAGAAACAUUUUUAACUUCUCCUACAUCCAGAUUCUUACCAAACCUCUGCUUUCAGGCGAGAGGCUAAGAGAGGGGCUGGAAAUAAGAUCUCGUCUUCUAUCCCCGCUCAGACACACCUCCCUCUCGUGCACCACCUCCCUGAGACAAACUUUAGCCAGACUGAGCUUUGGGCUAAAUUAGGGGGAAACCUUCUUUUUUCAGUUGGGAAAUCUAGAUGGAGAGGAUGAUCAGCAAGGAGGUCUGUGACCAUCUCUCAGCUUAGGCUCAAUCAGAGAAAACCUGGGAUUUGCUCAGGGCAGGGAAAUUAAAUACACCUUUCCAGAAGGCGCUUCAGGUUUUGAUACUGGAGGAAAACCUCACAUCGGAGGACGAGUUCAUCACAGCCUGCCAGAAGCAGGAAAACAGCAGGAUACAGGACGUGGUCAAGCUCUGCUCCCCUCUCAAUUCAAAAUCUUCCGGAGAAAAUGCCUUCUCAAGAAGCUACGGCUGGCCUUUUUUCAAUAAUCCUGUGUCUUGCAGGAAACAUUGCACUCACAGCUGGUCAGCCGAACUGUAUCUGUAUGCAAUCAGUAUGUUCAGAAAAUUUCACAUGCUCAGGAGAUUGGUGUUUUGUAAGCAAACACUUGGAGAAUGAAAAAAUGGUCAAUAAGAAAGGCUGUCUGAAGGAAGCAAAUGAGUUUUGCUGGGGCUCUAUCACUAAAACCUACGGCAUAAAAUGCUGCCAGGGCAACAUGUGUAAUUUGAAUCUUUCCAUCCGGCUAAUAGAUGAAGACCUGCCUGAAGAGGGCCCAUCUUUGAAGAAUCUUCUCCUGAUGGUCCUGGUUCCACUGUUUGCUAUUUUGAUUCUCAUUAUAUUAGUUGGUCUUUUUGUCUGGAAAUGGGCCCAAAGCCGGCGGAGACAUAUGCCAUUUGGGUCUAAUGAACUGGGCGAUGUGGAUUUUAUGCUGAAGAACUCUCUGGCUGGGGACAACACCUUAGAAGUCCUGCUGAAUGAUGACUGCACCACUGGAAGUGGGUCUGGAUUGCCUUUUCUAGUCCAAAGAACUGUGGCUCGGCAGAUCACCUUGGUUGAAUGUGUUGGCAAAGGACGCUAUGGGGAAGUGUGGCGUGGUACUUGGCAUGGAGAGAAUGUGGCUGUCAAGAUUUUCUCUUCCCGUGAUGAGCAGUCAUGGUUCCGUGAGACUGAGAUUUACAACACGGUGCUGCUAAGGCAUGACAACAUCUUAGGAUUCAUUGCGUCAGACAUGACAUCACGGAAUUCAAGUACUCAACUCUGGCUAAUCACUCACUAUCACGAGCAUGGCUCCCUCUAUGAUUACUUGCAAUGCACAGUGUUGGACGUGGAGACCUGCUUGCGUUUGGCCACCUCAGUCAUCUGUGGGCUCGUUCAUCUGCAUGUGGAGAUCUUUGGCACCCAGGGCAAGCCGGCCAUUGCUCAUCGGGAUCUGAAAAGCCGGAAUAUCUUGGUCAAGAACAAUAAGCAGUGCUGCAUUGCUGAUUUAGGAUUGGCAGUUAUGCAUUCCCAGAGCAGUGAUUACUUGGAUAUUGGGAACAACCCACGAGUGGGCACCAAACGCUACAUGGCACCUGAAGUUUUGGAUGAACAGAUUCGUAUGGAUUGUUUUGAAUCCUUCAAGCGGACAGACAUCUGGGCUUAUGGUCUGGUCCUGUGGGAGAUAGCCCGAAGAACCAUUGUGAACGGGAUUAUUGAAGAUUAUAAACCUCCUUUCUUUGACUUGGUUCCAGUCGAUCCCAGCUUUGAAGACAUGAAAAAAGUGGUUUGCAUUGACCAGCAGACACCCACCAUUCCCAAUCGGAUGUUCUCUGACCCAGCUUUAUCUUCCCUAGCUAAGAUCAUGAAAGAAUGCUGGUUCCAGAGUCCAUCAGCAAGACUCACAGCUCUGAGGAUUAAAAAGACACUGAAAAAACUCAGCAACUCCUUCCACAAAGGCAAAUACUCUCCGAGCUUCUAGGACCAGAGAUUGGAUUUCUAACUCCUUAGCUCAAAGGAAGUUCAAGGUCACCCCUUCAAAGUUUCCUGCUGGUCCUGGCCUCUGUCUGUGGCUUCAGUAAACUUCCUUUGAAACUUGACCAAGAGGAUUUGGACUAGAGCUGUAUGGUUCAAACUGACUCUCUGCAGGGAAGUUUCACAGAACAGAUGACAGCUUCUGGAAUCCUUAAUUUGCUCCUCUAGCAACAAAAGGAGGGGGGCAUGCCCACUUUUUAGAGAAUGUACAUUAAUAUAAAUACUCCCUGGAUCUGUAACCUGACGCCAGCCCGUCUCGCCACCAAAUCCUGAAAAAUGGGAGGGAUCCCAUUUGCAAAGAACACAGCUGCUAUGCCCAAAGGGGUGGCUGCCUUUGAAACGCCAGUUAAGGAUCAUUUGCAAGGUAGUGUUUAGAUUGAACAUAUAAAGUCUGUUCGUGCCUCUAGCUGUGUGUGCACGCAUGUGCAUACAUGUGUGCAGAGGAGCCAUUUCAAAAGUGCAUGCAAUGGUUUAAAGGGGCAGAUACAACUAUGCAAACGUUUGUGCCAGAUAAAUCUGAGACCGCUAUGGGAAUACAACAAUUCUGUCUGUCCAUAUGUGAAUAUGGUCAGCGUGAUAUUGCUUUGCUUGUAUGUAGUCAUGAUUUUUUAUAUAUAUAAGCCUUAAUUUAAUAGCACAAGGCUCCAAAAUGGCUUUCCAUCCUGUAAUUGAUUUUACAACCAGCCGUGACUAGCCCUGUCAUAUUAUCCCAGAACAUGAUCAGUAGAAACAGGGUGUAGCAACCAUGCUGAACAGAGCUGGUUUUAUUCUCCUUAUGGAUGGAAGACAACUAGUGAACCUUAUGCACACGCACACACACGCACAUGCACACAUAUGAUGCAUUUUUUCCUGCAUUUGAAUCCAGCAAGAGUUAAGCAUCACCAACACUAUAAUGUUCAGCCACUGCAGCUUUUCUUAGGAGUUGUCAUUUUUUAGGCAAUUUGGAACCAAGGUGAAUGUCCAACAGCUGUAUUUGCAUAUGAACACAUCAACUUAAUUUUGAGAAAUUUAAGUAUGCAGAUGCAAUAUGAGGCAAAAGUCUAACCAAAUAAAAACUUCACCCUUUUGAUUUUAAGAUGGUGGUGAGAGGAAUGGGCCCUAUCUAUAAGCUGGGUCAAACAUUACUCUUUCCACUUGGUGUUACUGUAUUGCACGGACGAGUUGCAGUAGCUGUAAGCUACACAAACCCUGUGCACAAACUGAGUCCAAUAGUUCCACUAAGACUGAGAUGGGUAGAUUCCUUCUUGACAUGCCAGAUACAUCUAUAAGUGAACAAAUUGCAAAGGCUAAGGCCUGUCCUUGUAAAAUUACUAUUUUGAAUAAAAGGGUGGAAGGUGGAAAACUUUUGCAACAUUUAAAUCAGGCCUAAGACUGAACGUCUGAAUAGCCUGUUACAAGACAAGACAUAGCAUUAACAGGAAAGUGUAAUGGGGAAGUGUUCAUUCAGGAGAAUUGUGCUAACAUCUCCAAGGAAUUAGCUUUCUAUGUCUUAGAAAUGUAUGUCAGCAUAUAACAUAUCCAGGAUAGCUGAGUAGAAGAAACUGAAAAACACAUAAUCUCAUUUCAUCCAAAGCCUCUAAAUUGCUUUGAGAUCAUUACUAAUUUGCACAGAAAUUAUUUUUGUAUUUAUUAAACAUGCUCGGGGGGGGGGGGGAGGUGGGAAAUCAGCAGCUUUUUGUUAUUGUUUGCAAAAAUGUUCCAAAGAUUCUAUAAUGGGAAAGAAGGAUGAGAGACACAAAUUAACAAAGGAGGACAAAGAGUUUCAGAGGAGAAAACAACAGUUUUUUGUUUUUUUUUUUAAAAAAAGCUACAACUCCACUCAGAGACCACUUAAGUCCCAUUAGGACUAACAGGAGUCAAGUGUUCUAAAUGCACUCCCAGAUGGCAAGUAAUAAUUAAACUAUGCCUUUUCUUUCAGCUCAUAAAAAUGAGUGGUGCAUGAAAGAUUGCUGGAUUACAGUAGUUUAAAACAGGAGAGGAAAAAAACGUAUUUGUUGAGGGACACAUCCAAAGCUGAAUUGGAAUCUGAAUCCAGGAUUUCCUCUAACAAACAUCUGCUUGUCAAAGUCUUUUUUGACAUUUGCCAUCAGAUACUUCAAUAAGGCUGAUUGAAAAUAUAUCUAUGAUACUGGAAAGCUAGUCUAAUUGAUUUUCAGGAAAUUGCACACUUAAUGCUUUUUGGCUUUUAGAUGCACAUAGUAUUUUAUAAAUAAAACCUAAAAAUGCCAGCAAUAAAUGUACAGUAAUAAAAAAGGUUUUGCAGAUAUACCUAUCAUAUACGAAUCAGGUAGGGUUAGCUGCGGAUGCUUGUCAAACAUCCACAAAUGCACAGUUUGUCUGGGUUUAAUUCUGAUCUUUUGGGAUAAAGAUAGAAAAGUUAACUCUCUGGAACCCAGGAAAAGCCACUUUUAGUCAGUUUGUAGAAUCCUGAACUAGACGGUUUCUUAUGUUCCUAAGUGCUCAACAGCUGCAUGAUUUCAUAGCCAAUUGCUUGCUGAUUGCAAACUGCUGUUUAUCCAGGAUAGAUGAGUGUCCAAAAUAUUGCGGCUGGCUCCAUGUUUUUAUUAGUCUAGGAAGUUUUGAAUUCCAUGUAGUACAGGCUGGAAUUUUUAUCAAGUUGUUUCCCCAUUAAGAACCCAACCAAUUUUUCAGCUUUGAUAAUGGAUUUUGGACAAAGCUGCAAAAUAGCACAUUGAUAAACCAAGAAAAUACGGUACUAUGUUGGAUGCAUCUGCUAUUCCAAACCAUCAGCCUAUUUUCUAGCAAAACGGUGCCCCCGCAGCCCUCCAAUUGGCACAGAAGCUUAGCUGUAUGUUUAUUUUAAUCAGAAGCUUGCCCAUGUGAAUCAAUAACAUAUGUAGUAAUAAGUCUACAUAUCCAAACAGCUCUGAUCAAAAGUAAUUAAGCAUAAAUCAUUCCAUGUGCUGAAAGAAGCCCUCAUGUGCAGACUCUAAACUCAGGGACAAAUCUCAGUCUAAGCUAAAUAUGGAUUUGAUAAAAAAAAGAAAGAAAAAAAAAAACCCCUGGUCUCCAUAGCCACUGACACUGAUAGCAGAAAUGUGCAAAGCUGCAGGAAGAGAAAUUUAGGUUAACUAGGCAGAUAGGUCCAAUUUAGUACACACAUGUUUCUCUCAUGCAUACGGGAUCAUAAUUAGAAACCAUAAGAGAGAAUAGAUGGAUUUUUCCCCCCUCAGCAUGUGUUCAGAAAUCCCUCUAUUGUUUUCUUUGCAUGUCCAUCCUGGCAUCUGAUUGUUGAAGGACCAACGGAUGCACACUGCCAAAGUGCUGCCAAUAUUGUUCAUAUAGCUUCUCACUGUUUAGUUUACAUUCUUUUCUUCACCCUGUAAACAUUAGGUAACACUGAAAAUGAUUAGGCAUUCAUGGUUAGAUUUACAACUCAGCUGUGAAUGAGCCCUGUGCACAACUCUUAUACAAUGUCUGUAAUUUUCCAGUGAAUAUGUGAAGUUUUGGUAUUCAUGUAAUGUACGCGCUCAUGUCUCUGUUCAGACCUCGAUUCAUUUUGAUAGAAAGAUAGAUGGAUCCUAUAGCUGAUAAUACACCAACAGUUGUCCCUAGUCUUGCGUAACUACAUUAACACAAGAUAUAACUUUAAUUCAGGGUCAGGCAAAGUGGUACCCCCCCCCCCCGAAGCUCUCUGUCCCACCUGAUUUUUAUGCUUUUUAAUAUUUUUUUUAAAAAAUAGAGAAUAGGAAACAGGCAUGCUGCAAUGCAAAGCAAAAUGCUCUAACACCAUAUUAAUCUGGAGCAAUGCCUUUGGGCCCCAUAAAGGCCCACUGGGAGAGUAGAAAGUACACUGGGGGGGGGAGAGGGAGUUUGUUCUCUAGCUAAAUGGGCAUUUGGGGAUUACCCUUGCUCAUUACAGCAGCCAUUAUCAAAACAGACAAGUCCGUCUGGGGGCCCUUUGGGGAGUAAAGCCUAUCAUGUGCUCUCAACAUUAUGAACGUGCCCCUACGCUGAGUCCACCUCCUUACUUGGUUAAGGCAAUCUCAGUGUGACUGAAGACCCUGAGCCCAUACACAGUGAUUUCAUUGUCUCCUUGCAGGAAGCGCUAACCAAUCCCCUGUCAUACUUGUCAUGCAAACUUUGAUCUUCCGGCAUUUGUGUACCCUGAAUGAUCUCAGUGAUAGUUGGCUGUUCUUUUAUGGGCUUUUUCAGCCUUCUAAUAAACUUUUGAUUUUCCUUAA